AUGGACACAACGACGAACUACUUGACGCUGACCGAUCCGGUGGAAACGCCAUGUAUUUGGUUUCUCACUGAAACGCGGAGGAAUGGUUCGUAUCAGAAAAAUAUGGACACAACGACGAACUACUUGACGCUGACCGAUCCGGUGGAAACGCCAUGUAUUUGGUUUCUCACUGAAACGCGGAGGAAUGGUAAAAAUAUGGACACAACGACGAACUACUUGACGCUGACCGAUCCGGUGGAAACGCCAUGUAUUUGGUUUCUCACUGAAACGCGGAGAAAUGGUUGA